AUGGAGGAUGAGGUCAUUGCAGCCAUAAAGAGUAUGAGGAAGGACAAGGCUCCGGGUCCUGAUGGACUCCCGCCAAGCUUUUAUCUCCACCAUUGGGACACUGUCAAAGAGGACCUUAUUGAGAUGGUCAUGCAUUUCUUCACACACCUAGAACUUCCUAAGUUCAUAAAUGAUACUUCUUUAGUCCUACUUCCGAAAAAGGAGUCUCCAUCAAUAGUCAAUGAUUAUCGCCCAAUUGCCUUAUGCAAUUUUUACACCAAAUUGGCUUUAUCCACCCUUUUACUAAAUGGAUUGAGACAUGUAUCUCGGUUGCCGAAAUCAAGCUGCUUCUUGGUGGGAAAGUUUUCGCCGGAGAGGGGGCUUAGACAAGGUGACCCGUUGUCUCCCUCCCUAUACAUUGUCGCUGCUGAAACUCUAUUACGCCUCCUCCUCAGUAAAGAGAACCAAGGCCUGCUCAAAGGUUUCAAAUUGGGUCGUAAUGGCACCCCGAUAACGCACCUGAUGUUCGCAGAUGAUAUUAUUCUUUUUGGUGAGGCUUCAGUCCGGGAAGCAAGGACGCUACUUGAUUGCCUAAACUCCUAUUGUCAAUGUUCUGGCCAAUCAAUUAGCUUCCCAAAAUCAUCCGUCUUCUUCUCAAGAGGAGUGUCGGGUAGAAAGGCUCAAGCUAUUGCGCAAACACUGGGUAUGAAGAGAAUGAAUAGAAAGGCUUCUUAUCUAGGCCUCCCUCUGUUUAGAUCAACUAAGAGAUCAGAAGACACUCAACACCUUGUGGAUAGGGUUAUCCAGCGGAUUCAGGGAUGGAAAGUUAAACUCUUGUCAAGCGCCGGGAAGAUGUGUCUGAUCAAGUCUGUUGGCUCGAGCUUAUCGAACUAUGUUGCUUCUUCGGAUGUUAUUCUUACAUCAACAGCCAAUAAAAUUGACAAACUUCUGAGGGAUUUUUGGUGGGGAGAUACUGAGGAGAAACGGAAGCUCCAUACCAUCGCCUGGGAACGCCUCUGUAAACCGAAGACUGUGGGGGGACUGGGGUUUCGUAGUACUGAGACUAUGAACAAGGCUUUUCUCAUGAAGUGGGCGUGGAAAUUUCUUACUGAAGAUGAAUGCCUAUGGAGGCAACUUAUGAAUGAUAAGUAUGGUAAAAAUCAAAACUUCCUGGAAAUAGAGGCAAAGACCUCCGACACUAUCUUGUGGAAAGCGAUUAUGCGCACUCGGGAAGCUUUGCAGCAGGGCAUCUGCAGAAAAAUAGGUAAUGGGAAUUCUACGUCCAUUUGGUUUGACCCGUGGGUGCCUGGGAAUCCUCGACAACCGACACCUUGCGUUGACUCUUCGGAGGGCAUAAGCUUGGUCAGUAACUUCAUUUCGGAUGGACAGUGGGAUGAGGAUUUGAUCCGGAACUGGUUUCGGGUUGAAGACGCCCAAAGAAUUCUCAACAUUAAUCUUCCUACUUGUAUGACAAAUGACUCCUGGCUCUGGUUGCCUGAUCCAAGUGGUAAUUUCUCAGUUAAUUCUGCUUAUAAAUUAUUAAAGAACAUUGGCCGAAACCUGGAAUGGGAUAGACAUUGGAGAUAUAUUUGGGGAGCGAAGAUACACAGCAGGCUGAAGAUGUUUUGGUGGAGGAUACUCUCCAAUUGCCUCCCCACUAGGGAAAGAAUUGGUUAUUCCAUUCCCAUGAUGGACAUGCUAUGCCCACUCUGUUCAUCUUCAAUUGAGAGUAGUCUGCACCUCUUUUGGGACUGCACUUAUGCAAAGGCUGUGUGGUUUGGGUGUAUUUGGAGCUUUAGGACCAAUAUUCAUUUGACUAGUAAUUGGGUCGAAUGGCUAGAUUGGUUCAGGGAAUCGAAUAACAGGCCGGCCACCCUUGACUUUAACCAGCUCUUGGGAGGCUGGGCUGUGGUCUUCAGAGACGCCUCAGGUUCGUUUCGGCACAUCCUCACCUUCCGCACGACCCAAUUGGACCCUCUGGCUAGGGAGGUUGCUGCUAUUUGUGAAGGAGCUGCAGUGGCUGUCUAUCAAGGCUACAAGAACAUUAUCUUCCAAUGUGACUCAUUGAAUGCGGUUAAUGCUAUGAAAAGUAAACCUGCAGAGAUUCACAAGCUCCAUUUUAACAUUCAAGACAAGAUUGCUAUCUUCUUCAACCUUGUUCGAAAUCUGAACCUCUGGGAGGUUCAAUGGAUCCCUAGAUCCUGCAAUGGUGUGGCCCACUCGGUGGCUCAAUGGGCAAAUCGUAACAACAAAUUUGGUGUUCAUGAUUUGGCCAAUUUUGAUGAUUUCCUGCAGCAGUUCACUGCAGAUGGUCAUAAUUCUAUCUAA